GUCGCGGAGGAAGCGCGGCCGCGGAGCCUGCUGGGGGGCGGGCGCCUGGGAAAGGCCGAAGGGUGCGGAGCUGCUGCCUCCCCUUGGGUCCUGGCCGGGCGACGACGCUUUUUGCCUCUGGCAGCUGGCUUCACCUUGGCGGGAACUGCUGCUGCCCAGGGACGGGCUAGGGCCUAGGGUGAGGCCUGGGCCUGGCUGGGCGCGGCGUCCCGCUCCCCUCUCCCUGCGGGACCAGGCCCCGUGAGGACCGAAGUCAGCAAGCCGGGCCCUCCCCUCAACUCCCCUCAUCUUGUCGCCCUGUGGCGACGCGAGCUUAGUCCCCCGUGCUUUUUGUAAUGAAAACCGGAACCGGGAGCUGGGGACUGUUGGUGCGGUUUUAGUGUCUCUGAAUCUUAUUCCACAAUGAAACAGCUUUCAGCAGAGACAGUUCGUCUCCUUUCAAGUUCUCAGGUGAUUACAUCAGUUGUCAGCGUGGUGAAGGAGCUGAUAGAAAAUUCUUUGGAUGCUGGUGCCACAAAUAUUGAUAUUAAACUGGAGAAUUAUGGGUUUAACAAAAUAGAAGUAAGAGACAAUGGCAGUGGAAUCAAGGUUGCUGAUGUUCCAGUUAUGGCAAUUAAACACUACACCUCAAAAAUAAGCUCUUCUGAGGAUCUUGAAAGAUUGACAACAUACGGUUUCCGUGGGGAAGCUUUGGGAUCAAUUUGCAGUAUAUCAGAGGUUUUGAUCACAACAAAGACAGAUGCUGACGAUAUCAGCACUCAGUAUGCUUUGGAUAGCAAGGGGCAUGUAGCUUCGAAAAAGCCUUCUCACCUUGGACAAGGUACUACAGUUACAGUUCUAAAGUUGUUUAAGAAUCUUCCUGUAAGAAAACAGUUUUAUUCAACAAAUAGAAAAUGUAAGGAAGAACUGAAGAAAGUCCAAGAUUUAUUGACAGCAUAUGGUAUCAUAAAACCAGACCUGAGGAUAACCUUAACACAUAAUAAGGCAGUUAUUUGGCAGAAGACCAGGGUGUCAGAUCACAAAAUGGCCUGUAUGUCAGUUCUGGGAACAGCCGUUAUGGGCAGUAUGGUACCUUUUCAACACUGCUGUGAAGAUCCUGAGAUAAAUCUCUCUGGAUUUCUCCCAAAAGCUGAGUCAGACAGUUCUUUGACAAGCCUUUCAAGUUCAGAAAGGAGUUUUGUUUUUAUAAAUAAUCGUCCAGUUCAUCAGAAGGACAUACUGAAGUUAAUUCGACAGUACUACAGUCUGGUGACACACAAGGACUGUACUCAUUUAUACCCUGUCUUCUUUUUGAAUAUUACUGUACCUGCCUCUACUGUGGAUGUGAAUUUAACACCUGAUAAAACUCAAGUUUUACUGCAUUAUAAGGAAUCUGUCUUACUUGCUGUUGAAAAUGUGUUGAAAUCACUGUAUGGGCCACUACCUGCUACAGUCCCCAGUGAAACUGAUAAAACAGAUGUUAACUCAGAAGACAUGUUUGUUCAUAGAACAGAACAAACAGAUGUGGUUGUUAAUGAGAUGGGACCAUCUGGAAACGAUGAUCAACAUGCUCAUACUUCAUUCCUUUCAUUCAGCAGUGAUGUGCAAAACUGUCAAGCAGGAAAAAACAUGGAGAUCUGCUUAAAUCAUCAGACGCUUUGUGGUGAUGAUGUACAUAGUUGCCUGGACAAAAAAGAGCUUUCUAAGAGUGACGCCUUUCCAGACAGUUCCUUAAAUUUAUUGUGUGAGGAUGAACAGAAUGGACAGAAUAUGACUGAUAUUCAAAGUAACAGUAUCCCUGUGGACCCCAGUUCUAAAAAAGCUGAUGGGUGUCUUUUGAGUUCUGGUGAUAUUGAUGAAAUAGAAAAAAAUGGGGAGGCUUUAGUCUCUAAAGACUUACCUGAAAUCUCUGCUGAUAGUUGGAGUAUGGGAAGUGGAUUUAAAAACUUUCUAGGAGACAGCCUGGAACCUGUUAAGAUUUUGAUUCCUGAAGUUGGAGGAACAAUUAAUAAGCAAAAUGGACAUCCUAGUGAACAAAGCAGUGAUCCACGAAUCUCAAAUCAAAGCAUAGAGAAAAGAAAUCUGAUAAGUGAUAAGUUUGGACAUGUGACAGCUUAUGACUUAAUUAGUAGUAGAAUAAUAAAGAAACCAAAGUCUGCUAUUGGAUUUUUCACUCAAGAAUGUCGUCCAAAAUUGAUAACUGAUAACCCAAAGACCAGCAUGGAGGAUAUUCUGCUGCAAAUUGAAGAGCAGUGGGAUAAUUUGAAUGAAGAGGAAAAAAAGAAUUAUGAAGUAAAAGCUGAUAAAGACCUGGAACGAUACAACAGAGAGGUCAAGAAAGCUAUGGGACAGAAAGUACAUCAGGCAACAAAGGAGGCAGGAAAACAGAAACCCAAGCUGAAGACUUCCCUCUCUCACCAGCAGAAGCUUGACAAGAUAUUUCAUGAUCAAAUUGAAAAAAAGAGGCAAACUGAACAGUCUAUGAAAAUUGUGACAGUGCCGUUUUCUUUGAGUUCCUGUAGACAUCAGCAUCAGAGACAUGAGAAAAAUUAUUCAGAUCAACAUGAGCUUUUCCUGAUCCGUCACCGAAGUUUUCCUGAUGUCUGGAUAUUUUCUGCUGAAAAAAAGCUAAGGUUACUCAAUCCAUACAGAUUGGAAGAAGCCCUGCUAUGUAAAAGAUUACUUAUGAAUCAUAAGCUUCCAGUAGAGAAACUGGAAAAGCCAAUUAUGUUAACAGACAGUCUCAUUGGUGGAUCUCAGUAUAUGGCUGCUCUUUAUAAAAUGCAGAAGGAUUAUCCCAAUUUCAAUGGACCAGGUUAUUUGACAGAUCCAAGGCUUGUAGCAAAUGGAUUUCAGAUAAAAGUGAUAGAAGGUGUUUCAGCUGUAGAAAGUCACCUGGAGAUAGAAGGGAUGGCAAAUUGUCUGCCAUAUUAUGGUAUUUCUGAUUUAAAAGAAAUUCUGAAUGCAGUAGUUAAUGGAAAUGCAAAGGAAGUGUAUGAAUGUAGACCCCUCAAAGUGAUGAAUUACUUGGAGGGAGAAGCAGUACGCUUAGCUCGGCAGCUGCCCUUACAUUUGUCAAAAGAAGAUGUACAAAACACAAUUUACAGGAUGAAGCAACAGCUUGGAAAGGAAAAUAAAGGCUGUGUUCAUGGUCGUCCUUUCUUUCAUCACUUAACAGAUAUUCCAGAAGUUGACAAGCACAGCUCCACGGAAAUUAUUUAGUAAAUGGAACAUUUUGUUUGGGAUCAUAUUUCUCUUGCUUAAUCUUCAUCAUUACUCUGUAAUUUCAGUAUGUUUUGUACAAGGCUUUUGUAUAAUAACUUUUCAUUAUCAUAUGUUCCUCUUCUGGAAACUUAUUUAAAUUCAAAUGCUACUUGAAAACUGGAAAUAAAUACUGUAGAUAAACAACU